AUGUUGCGAGCUCAACUUAACCCACUGGCGAGAGCCUGCGCCAAUAGCCUGAGUGCCAGCCGUCGUCGAUUUUCAACCUCUCCGAGCAGGCUCCAAUCACUCCCGGUCCAAAUCUCGGGCCAAGGAAGAGGCACAAUCCAGUCCAUCUCUGUCAAAGACAAACCAUACACCUUUUCGGCAGACACGUAUACCGUCAUUGGCGGUACGGAUUCGCACCCUUCACCGGUCGCUUACGCCCUCGCCAGCCUGACCUCUUGCAACCAGGUGACUGGCUCGUUGGUUGCAAAGGACCACGGCAUCACGCUCGGAAAGUGGCAUGUGACAGCCCAUGGCCAACUCCCUACUGCGGUUCUGGUUGGAGGUCAGCAGGGGAACCCCAACUGGGAGAGCGUAGCUCUUACCGUGCGGGUGCAGAGUGAUGCCAAGGGUGAUGCCGAAUUUCAGCAUUUUGUGUCCGAGGUUGAGCGUCGAUGUCCCAUCACACAGCUGUUUAAGCUCAGUGGUGUGCAAUACAGCAGCGAGUGGGUGAAUGAAGCCCUGUAA